AUGGAUAACACCCAUCUGCACGCGAGCAACAGUGUCUCGAACGGCCAACAUCACCAAGAAGCUGAUAGCAAUAACGACACCGGCACCGAGAACAGCAACACCUCCCACAAUAGCACCCUCAACAACAAGAGCAACACCCGUCGCCUCAAGAACGGCUCAUUGCUAGGUCGCCUCCACACCCAAGGUCUCUCCAGUCUCCGGCCAGGAGGAUCUCUGGCCCCACCAGCAGCAGCGGCUGGAUCCGGCGGGGACACCCUCCGCGCAGAUGGCCAUGUUGUCAACCCAGGCAAGCUGAGGCCGACCAACAGCGCAUUGACAACUUCAAUCUGCUCGACGAUCGAACCCUCGGACUGUGCAGCCUUCAACUGGGUUACUCGAAUCAUCUACCGCCACUACAGUCGCGUGGAAUAUGUUCGAACUGAGGCUCAGUUAAAUAAGGAGGCCUACCUCAUUGGAAACAUCAGGUUCAGUCGAUGGGUCUUUCUCCCUGCCGCGUUUUGUUUCCAAGCCGUCUGUGGGACCUUGUAUGCCUGCUGCUUUGGAGUGUCGUCGUCGAUCAUGGGCCCUUGGCUUGAACGACACGGUCCCCGGAAUGCUGGCCUUCUGGGUGCAGCCCUGUUCCUCAUAGGCAACCUGAUCACCGCCCUCGGUGUCCACGUCAAGAUGAUCGCUUUGGUCUAUGUUGGCUACGGCAUUUUUGGUGGUCUGGGUCUGGGCAUCUCUUACAUUUCUCCAGUCUCUGCCCUCCAGAAGUGGUUCCCUGACCGUCGUGGUGUCGCUGCUGGUCUGGCUGUCAGUGGGUUUGGAGCAGGUUCGAUUGUGAUGGCCAAGAUCCCUGAUCCUCUUGCCGCUGCUGUUGGCUUGCCCUUGACAUUUGUGAUCCUAGGUUUGUUCUACUUUAUGAUCAUGGCCGUCUGUGCAUUCGUCUUCCGUGUCCCUCCUCCAGGCUAUGUUGUCAAUGGGCUCGAUGUCUGGGCUGUCCGUGUCGAUGACUAUGAUGAGGAUGAGAGCUCUGAGACGAGGACUCGUACCGAGGCUGAGAUCAGGGAUCUGGGUCUGAAGAGUAUCUCGAUUGAGCACCCUAAACUCUCAGCCGGCAGUGGACUAUACAACACUGGCACUGGCGUCGGCGUGGGUUCAACCAACCUCCAAUCACUUCACCCUCUUCAACAAGGUCAUUUUGGUCCCCGCAAGAGUCUCGAUGACGCCAUGUCGCCCAUCUCGCCCAUCUCUGGAACAGCAACCAUAAUCCCCUCCGCCGCCAUCUCAAUGACUUCCCGCCGCAACUCGACAAGGAUUGGUGCUCGCACGGGUUACGACCCCAGUAUCUCGAUCAGUCUGAUGGACGCCUUCUACUCACGCGAAUUUCGCUUGAUGUACAUCAUGUUCCUCGGUAACACCAUGGCUGGUGUGGUUAUCAUCUCGCGUUUAGCCAACAUUGCAACCGAUGUCUUCGGCCACAACAAGGACACUGCUUCAACCAUCGUCUCCAUCAACGGCGGAUUUAACCUGGUCGGCCGUUUGGCCUUUGCUUCCCUCUCAGACCGUAUCGGCCGCAAGAACUCGUACAUGAUCAUGCUGGGCAGUCAAGCCAUCAUCCUCGCCUGCCUCCCCAUCAUCAUGCAAACUGGCUGCAACUGGGCCUUCCUCAUGAGCAUCUGGAUCUUGACCUCUUGCUACGGCGGCGGAUUCGGAUGUAUCCCUGCCUUCCUCUGUGACAUGUUUGGGCCCUCCAACAUUGGCCCCCUCCACGGCGUCAUCCUGACCUCGUGGAGUCUCUCCAGCGUUGGUGCCGGUCUCCUCUUCACCGCGAUCUACAACCACCUCCUCGAUACUGGAUACACCGUCAACGACAGUUACAUCUACAGCAUCAACAUGCACUGGCUCCUGGCUGGUGCACUGUUGGGUCUCUUCAUGACGCUAUUUGUCCGGACCGGCAUCCAUGAUCGCCUUUUGCCAGCGGUGCCUGGAGAGUUUUUCCAUAGCAGGAUGUUUGGUCGUAUCCUGCGGUUUGGUCGAUUCGGACUGAAGUGGGUGACGAAGGAGCAGGAGCAGAUGGAGUGGGCAGCGUAUGUGGCACAGCGGCAGUUGGAGGAAGAACAGGGUCAUGGGUUGAGUUCUUCUCAUGGAUAUCAUAAAUCCAUUGACCGUGAAGAAAAGGCCUCUCGAUGA